AUGCCCCAAAACAACGCCUCACUUCACAGACUCCGGGGGCUUCCACCAUCUCGGACUCGUCUCGUUUCCCUCGCCAAAGCCAUGUCCUCCCCGUCGUCGCUCGUCGGUGUCCGCCCCGCCGCUCGAGCCGGACGCCCCGAUGAAGCGAAGCGGACGGCGAGUCCGGUGUCGAGUGCGUCGAGUGGGUCGGUGAACGAAGAGCUGCCGUCCGAGCGGCUGGGCCCGUCCGAGCGGCGCCAUCUUCAGCUUGGAGAUGUGCAUUUGAAGGUGGCCAACUACGUGGCCCGAAUGGAGAUUGUGAAGCCUGAAGCCUUAAGGGUCACCCCUGCGCACAAGGCCUUCAAGCAGUGUGCACGAGCACUGCGAUCGGAAGAGGAUCAUGACUUCUAUGGAGAGAGUUCUAUGAGUGAACAGAUCUCCUGCUUUUGGUCUCAUUCCUGGCAUGGCAGCCGUUGGAUGAAGAUUUUGUCACUUAUGGUGCGCUACAAUGGGCUGCCAGCAGUUCUGGUAGGUUCUUUCACUGCUGUGACCAUGAUUAUUUUGUUCAUUUUUGGCCUCCUGCCAGGCUUUAGCCGCUAUGCCGACAAUGCGCCAAGGUGGUCCACCUGGUCCCUGACAAGCGGCUUCGCAGCAACAGUGAUCACCUUUUUUGUGUGGCGGCCGCAGCAGCUGGUCUUUCUUGACCGUAUUUGCAUCAACGGGGAUGACCUGGAGUUGAAGACUGUGAGCAUUUUUAGUUUGGCUGGCAUCUUGAAAAGGUCAGACCACAUGCUUGUCCUGUGGGACCCGACGUGGAGCGAGCGCUUGUGGUGUGUAUUUGAGCUUGCUGCCUUUCUGAAAAGCAAAGCGCCCAGUGGAGCGGGUGAACAAGUACUGCUUAUCAGACCCACUUUCCUUGGUCCGUGUUCGAUCGGUCUUUUCAUCGGCGUGUUUCUCGUCUUCGUUCCUGCGACCACCAUUCCGAUGAGAGACCGGGAUAGCUUGGGAGCUUAUUUGAUUCUCGUCCCACUCUCAGGUGUUUUUCUGUUCUUAUUCAUCAUGGGCUAUGUCCUAGCAGCUGCCUUCAGGGCAUAUUUUCGCUCGGUUGAGACUUUGAAGGAGAACAUGCGCAAGAUCAGCUUUGACAAUGCCAGAUGUUCCUGUUGCGAUCAGGACCAUGUACAAGGAGGAGCCCGCAUGAUGUGCGACCGAAAGGUUGUCAAGAAGUGUGUGUCUAUUUGGUUUGGCAGUGAAGAGGCCUUUGAAGACUACGCUCGAUCGGAAGUCUUGGAGACCCUACUUACCGGACUGCAUGACCAAAUCUUCACGCGAGGAUGGAGCCUCUCCGUGGCAAUUCCCAUCCUUUGGGCUUUCCUCGAUUUAGCCGUCUCUGAAGCGGUUGCAGAAGCCAAAUACUCGUCGAUUGCUCUCUCCAUUCACGGCCUGGUGCUUUGGUUCUGUUGUGCACCGAUCUUCGUGGAUGUCUGCACCUUUUUCGCCUGGAGGUAUUGCCGAGCAAACACCUGGUUCGGCGAGGUCUUGGAGAACCUCAGAGUGGAACUCGUUGGGGUUGUUUGCUUUUGUGCAAUCUCUGGAAGCUGGGUCAUUUCCAUGACAUUUGACUGGGAAAUGCGUGUUGGAGCGUUUGCAGGGCUAUGGUGCAUGCUAGCCCUGUUUCAUGUCCUGUACAAAGUCUCCAGAAAAUCUGGCGGGUGUCACCCUUUCCGGCAAUCCGGAUAA